GAUAGCUCGUCAUCAUAAAAGCUAGUCUUUAGCUUUGUGGCUAGGCUGGUUGGAAGUCGGUUGAUUCCUUGUUAGCCUUCUGUGGUCUGCCGUCGCCACUACACAUUCGGCCGCUAUCUGCGCAAACUACACAUUACAGAUGGACCAGCAGGACCAGCCCUAUAUGUUUGCAAGUCUCACACGGCCUCACUCUGAGCAGUUGCUGCAGGGCCUCCAACUCCUGCGGCAAGAUCAUGAACUGUGUGACAUUGUUCUCCGAGUGGGCGAUGCAAAGAUCCAUGCUCACAAAGUUGUGCUGGCCAGCAUCAGCCCUUACUUCAAGGCCAUGUUUACAGGGAACCUCUCAGAAAAGGAGACCUCUGAAGUGGAGUUCCAGUGCAUUGAUGAGGCCGCCUUGCAGGCCAUUGUGGAGUAUGCAUACACAGGGACGGUGUUUAUCUCCCAGGAAACGGUGGAAUCCCUGCUGCCGGCAGCCAAUUUACUCCAGGUCAAGCUUGUACUUAAGGAGUGCUGUUCCUUCUUAGAGAGCCAGCUGGAUGCUGGAAACUGUAUAGGGAUCUCACGCUUCGCAGAAACAUAUGGCUGCCAUGACCUGUGCCUGGCUGCUACUAAGUUUAUCUGUGAAAAAUUUGAAGAGGUCUGUCAAACUGAGGAGUUUUUUGAACUGACGAGAGCAGAAUUGGAUGAAAUUGUUUCUAACGACUGUCUUAAAGUGGACACGGAGGAGACUGUCUUUUACGCAUUGGAAUCAUGGAUCAAAUAUGACGUUACAGAAAGACAACAGCAUCUGGCUCAGUUGUUACACUGUGUUCGCCUCCCACUUCUCAGCGUCAAGUUCCUCACUCGGCUAUAUGAAGCCAAUCACCUUAUAAGAGAUGACCAUGCAUGCAAACACCUGCUCAAUGAGGCCCUUAAGUAUCAUUUUAUGCCUGAACACAGACUUUCUUAUCAGACUGUGUUGUCAGCGAGGCCUAGGUGUGCCCCCAAGGUGCUGCUUGCAGUAGGAGGCAAGGCUGGACUGUUUGCCACAUUAGAAAGCAUGGAAAUGUAUUUCCCUCAGACUGACACGUGGAUAGGACUUGCCCCUCUCAGCGUCCCGCGGUAUGAGUUUGGCGUGGCGGUGCUGGACAACAAAGUAUAUGUGGUCGGGGGUAUCGCCACACACAUGAGGCAGGGAAUCAGCUAUCGGAGGCACGAGAGCACAGUGGAGGCCUGGGACCCUGAAAGCAACACGUGGUCCUCGGUGGAGCGUAUGGCCGAGUGUCGCAGCACACUCGGGGUGGUGGUCCAGGCUGGAGAGCUGUACGCUUUGGGAGGCUACGACGGCCAGUAUUACCUGCAGUCUGUGGAGAAAUACGUCCCCAAGCUGAAAGAGUGGCAGCCUGUGGCACCCAUGACAAAGUCCCGCAGCUGCUUUGCAACAGCUGUGCUGGAUGGGAUGAUUUAUGCUAUUGGAGGGUAUGGCCCAGCACACAUGAACAGUGUGGAGAGGUAUGACCCCAGCAAGGAUGCCUGGGAAAUGGUAGCCCCCAUGGCAGAUAAGAGGAUCAACUUCGGCGUAGGUGUCAUGCUCGGCUUCAUAUUUGUGGUUGGUGGGCACAAUGGAGUGUCCCACCUGUCCAGUAUUGAGAGGUAUGACCCACAUCAGAACCAGUGGACAGCCUGUCGGCCAAUGAAUGAGCCCCGUACUGGUGUUGGUUCUGCCAUUGUGGACAACUACCUCUAUGUAGUAGGAGGGCACUCUGGUUCAUCUUACCUGAACACUGUCCAGCGCUAUGACCCCAUCUCAGAUAGCUGGUUGGACUCCAGCGGCAUGAUGUACUGCCGUUGCAAUUUUGGUCUGACUGCCCUUUGACCAAUGGCCCAGCCAGCUUUGACUCAGUAAAACGAUUUCCUUUUUUUGUUAUCUGCUCUACUCUUUUCCCUACUUUCGUUCUCCAGGAGUAAAUGCGCACCUAAAAGAACAUCCAAGCACUGGCUUGAAUGGAUGUGCAGAAAUGGCUUACUGGUAGGACGGAGGGGAUCCCAAUCUCACUGCAGAGAUAAGUGAGCAUGAGGACUGUGCAGCUGAGGAAGGUGGAUGGUAACGCAGGUACCUGGAUGUUAGUGCUGCUGGACCCCUACGAGAACUUCGAGCCAUGUCCCAGAGGAUUGUAGAAAAAAAAACAAACUGAUUGUUUGAAGUUUUUGUUACAUUAGCAGACCUUUAUGUUCUUUAUUUUACAUGUCAUUAAGUUUAUUACUUACGAUGUCCAGUUGCGUUCAGAACUAUGUUACAUUUUUGGAGUUUUGUUGUGUUUUUGUGUGAAAAUGCGGUUGUAAGUGUAUGCAUAAAGGGGGUAUGUGCAUGUUGGGUGGGUCCUUUUGUUUUGUUACAUGCUCGGGUGUAGAACUUGGGUCUGUUUCAUGAAGCAGGUUGUCUGAAAACUCAAUGUUUUCUAAACCUUAAAUAUGGAAAAUUAGUUUUCCGUUUCACAAAGUGUGUUUCCUCAACCUGUAUUUCAGUCACCAUAGUAAAAUUCUUCCAGGAGCUGACCAGGUCGGGAGCAGGUUUGGAUCAGUAAACACUGUAUCGUCUGUCUCCACUCUCCAAUCACGUUUAAUUUCCUGAUUUUAAUCUGAUUUUUGUCGUAGUUUUG